AUGGCUCCGAAAGCGGCGCACGCCACUGAAGAUAUUCAGUCUCCCAUUGACCUCACCACUGUUCCACCGUUUUGGAAACGCAAGAAUGGCAUUCUUUUGUAUUUCUUGCUUACUUCCUCGCUGUUUGCUAGUAUGGCCCUUGGCAUUGAUGGCUCCAUGACCAACGCCCUCCAGACCCUCGAGAGCUGGCAAGAUCGCUUUGGACACCCCACUGGCUCCAAACUUGGCUUCUUCGGUGCUUCCAACGCCAUCGGAGGUGUUAUACCGUUCAUCUUCCUUGGUUGGAUCAGCGAUGUCGCCGGUCGUCGUGUCCCAACUGCGAUGGGAUCGGUCAUCAUCAUCGCUGGUGUCAUGGUUCAACUCUUUGCGACCUCGCUCAAUAUGUUCAUCGGCGGCAAGAUUGUUCUCGGAAUUGGCUCCUCGCUUAUUCAAAUGGGUGCUCCAGUCUUGGUCACCGAGCUCUCGCAUCCCAAGGAGCGUGUCCAAAUCACGACGCUUUACAACACCAACAUUGUGCUGGGUUAUGUCAUUGGUGCAUGGGCGACAUACGGGUGCUUUCGCAUUCCCAACCAAUGGUCAUGGAAGCUCCCCACUCUGGUUCAAGUUGUUCCAUCCGCAUACCAGCUCAUCCUCAUCUUUUUCUGCCCGGAGUCGCCUCGUUGGCUGAUCGCAAAGGGCAAGGUUGACAAGGCUCGGGAGAUUCUGAUCAAGUACCACGGUGAAGGCGAUUCCGACAGCGAAUUGGUCAAAUUCGAAUGUGCUGAGAUUCAGCAAGUCAUUGCUGAAGAAGCUGAGCAAAACAUGACAUGGAAGGAGUUCUUUUCAUCUAUCCCCAACCUCAAGCGCAUCGCACUAUGCUUCGCUACGGCGCUGUUCAGUCAGAGCUCUGGCAACCUGCUUGUCUCCAACUACUUGACACAGAUUCUGAAAGACACGGGUAUCGAGGCGGAGAAGGACAUCACUCUCGUCAACGGCAUGGUUACUCUCUGGCAGUACAUCGUUGCUAUCACCAUGACUCUUCUGGUUGACAAGUUCAAGCGCCGCACUUUCUUCCUCGUGGGAUCCGGUGGUGUUCUUGUCACGUUCAUCAUGUGGACCAUCGCCGCCAAGCAGUACCUUGAGGGGUCCUUGGCGGGUGGGCGAGUCGUGUUGGCCUGCAUCUUCCUAUUUCAAGGCUUCUACACUUUCGGAUGGACAAAUCUGGUCGUUACUUAUCCUCUCGAGAUCGUCACAUAUCAGAUGAGAGCCAAGACUUGGGCAUUCGUACUGCUCACUAUUCAGGUCUCCUCUAUCUUUGGUGGCUACGUCAACCCGAUUGGCCUGGAGGCUAUUGGAUGGAAGUUCUACAUCUACUACUGUGUCUGGGUCGCUAUCAUCUUCUUGGUCGUCUACUUCUUCUUCGUUGAGACAUCUGGACCUACGCUGGAGGAGCUUACGUAUCUGUUUGAGGGGAAGGAUGCGAAGCAGGAAAUGGUCAAGGAGAUUGAGGUUAAGAAGGAGGAACAUGACUUCAUUCAUGAGAAAGGAGUCUGA